GGAGAGAACAAUGGCUUUGCCAUCCGUUCUGAAGUCGAUCGUUCCUUGGCUCCGUGUCGGAACCUGCCUAGAGAGUGUCCUAGUUCUGUGCAUGCAAAUUUGCUCCCUGCCUCUCUCGACGUACCUUGUUUACAUAUUAUCCUUGCAUUACAUCAGUGGCAGUUGCAGGAUCGCAUUCGCACAAGUUGAAACCGUCCGACUUGCAGUUCACCUUGCUAAUGUUAAAAUCCUCACGAACCCUGCCGUCGACAGAUAUUUUGACGUACUAGUAGAUCCUGAAUCGGGUUCCACUCCCAGUUUGCGCGUAGCAUCACCGUCACCGUCACCAUCGGGUACGCUACAAGAAGUUCGAAAUGGGCCCAUCGAAUUGCACAUCCUGGAGAGCGGACUCGUCUCUUACGUUGGAGAUGUGUUUGCCAACCUGGACGAAAGACGAAACGUAGACUUAGAAUUUUCUUCCGCUCCAGAAGACGUUACUUUUUCGACUGAUGGGGUGGAGAGGAAAGUGCCGAAGCCGGGAGGAGCAAAUUUUCCGUGCGAGUUCUCAGUGAAGCAGGCCUCUCUCUCUCAGAGCACAUCAGAUUCUGGAUCUGGAUCGGGAUCGGGAUCGGGAUCUGGAUCGGGAUCGGCAUCGGGAUCUGGGUUGGGAUCUGGAUCGGAAUCGGGAUCGGAAUCGGGAUCGGCAUCGGCAUCGGGAUCUGGAUUGCGAUCUGGGUCGGGAUCGGGAUGUGGAUUGGGAUCGGGAUCAGGAUCUGGAUCGGGAUCGGGGUCGGGAUUGGGAGAGUUUUACAAAAUUUCACAUGUUGCUGGGCCAUGGCCUAAACUGGAACCCAAGUUUGCGCUUGCAGUGACGAACCUUACGCCAGCGUCAUCACUCGGUGAUGCUGGCGUUGUUGCACUGGACGGAAGGACCUUAGUUGUCACAGACUUCCUUAAUGGCCGUCUGCUGAAAGUGGAUCUUGUCAAGAAACAGACUAUUUACGUAAAACUAACUUGCGCCAUCUUUCCCGGUUCGAUAGUCAAGCAUCCGUCGCAGCCGUCCUUCUUGGUGUCCUCCCGAGAUCGGAUCUCAGUUGUCCCCAUGAUGAUGGGAUCUUCCGUUUCGAGCAUUGACGUCCUUGCGGGUCCGCAAACUGCAAGUGAGAGUAAAGGCUUUCGGGAUGGCGACAUAGGCUCUGAAGUUCGGUUCAAUCUGCCGAAGUUCAGUUCCCGCUCACUUUAUAGAAAAGGGCGCAGCCUCUACGUCGCAGAGAGAGCCAACAAUGUGAUUCGACAGGUGGACAUUUAUACCGGUGCGACGAGAACGAUAGCUGGAAACACGAGCGCUUUGUCAGAAUGGAUGACUCGAGAUGGUCCUCCUCCGAUGUUCGCCGAGUGUCGCAUUCCCUCUGGACUUGCUUUGACAUGUGACGGCUGUAAUCUAUUUGUUGUUGACGGCGCGGGGGGUCAAAUCCGAUUGUUAACACUUCAAGAGCCGGAGGGAGAGGUGAUAGAAGUCAAGACGAUCGCAUCGUUGCGAAACAAACACACAAACGAAACAGUUCGUCUUGGAUCAAUAACUCUUUCAAAUGACGAUCGGUAUCUUAUCAUAGGGACUCGACAACCCUCCAGCCUGCUGAAGCUGAAGCUGAAUGCUUCUGCCCUUCACCGAUGCGACGGCAGUGCUGGCAGAGAAUCGUCAAUGCUAAUUGCUCGAUCAAAACUGCUCGAAUACCCGACUUCCGCACUGCCAUCGGCAUCGGCACCGGCACGAGCUGACGCUUCGGUGUCACCUCCCUUGCAGAUUCCCCAACGUAGCACUCGUAGCCAGCAAUCGGACAGUUCUGGUCCGACGAAGUCGCCGAUCGACACGGCGAGACACGACGUGGCAACGAGUACAAUAAUAGGUAUUGCUGUCUCUGCAUCCGCAGUGCUUGUUGGAUGCGUUUUAGUCUUCCUCGUAGUGCGAAGAUUGCAGAGUCCGAGUCCGUCUGAUUCCGCUGCUGCGGACUUGUGGGGUGAUACUGGGACGCGGCCGGGAAGUUCCGGCACUCCCUGUCAGCAGAGCCAUUCCACAUCAGAUUCUGACGAAUGCCGUGAACCCCCUUUAGGUGCUCUGAGGCGAAAAAUGCGAGGGGUCGAGAUGUUCGCCUUAUCUCCGUUACGGAAAGCGACUGGCGGUUUCCAUGCCGACUUUCGCCUCCCUGGGAGGAGAGGAGGGUACGGUGACGUGUACAGGGCACCCCUGAUGGUGGGGGGGACCACCACCGACGUUGCGAUCAAGGUAAUGCGGGGCAAGCUUGAUUAUCACAAGUACAAGCAGUUUCUCGCCGAGGUCCAGACUCUGAGCCAUGUCCGGCAUCGUAAUCUGUGCCAGCUGAUCGGCUACUGCACCGAGAAAAACACGUAUAUCCUGGUCUACCCGUUCAUCACAGGCGGCAGCCUGCACGAGCGGCUGCACGAGUCGACAGCCGAGGAGAGCAACAAGGCACCGGAUCGACAGCAGUCCGCUGCUGCAGCCUGCAGCGUCACAGUCCCCCGGUCGCCCCUGGAUUUGCGCGAGCGGAUCGCCAUUGCCAGGCACCUGGCAAAGGUGCUGCAGUAUCUGCACCACGACAUCGACCCUCCCAUCCUCCAUCGAGAUAUCAAGAGCCAUAAUGUGAUGCUAGAGAACAAAGGGAAACACAUCCGAGCGCUGUUGAUCGACUUCGGCAUGGCCCGAGACGGAAAUCCCAGGAGCGGCUUUACGGUCACCAUAGGGGAGGAGGCAUCGAAAGCAGCACAGUUGAAGACAGUUGAUACGGUGUGCAAGUGUGGCACGCCUGGAUACAUAGCCCCAGAGUACGCAAUCGACUUCAAGCUCACUGUGAUGAACGAUGUGUACGCUUACGGGGUGGUGGUGCUAGAGUUGGUCACAGGGCGGAAAGCGCUUAUGACGCAGAGGCAGAGGGAUGGUGACACUGUGCAGGUAAGACUUGUCGAUUGGACUCGUCCGCGCCUUUCGAGGGAUGACCUGACAUACGACAAGCUGGCCGAGAUCGUCGAUCCCAGCCUGCUGCAGAUCCUGUCGUCCACGGAAGAACGGGGUGCUGUCUACAGGCUAGCGAUGCUCGGUCACAAGUGCACGAACGACGACCCGCGAUGCAGACCUUCCAUGGCGACCGUUCUGGAGAGCGUGACGGAAAUCUACAGGCGUGCAACAGCUGCAGCUAUGCCAACGUUUUCAGUACAGACUCCUUUCAGCUCGCCGAGGCCGCGUUAAUAAUUAUAUUUAUUGCAGCUGAAACAACCAUGCUGGCAUGAGACUCAUCGGACUGGCAGUGCCUUUUUUUUUUUUUUUUUUUUUUUUUUUUGGGCCAGAUUUUAAUCUCCCUUCUUUUUUUCUUUUUUUUUUAGUUUUCGUCAGACAGUCACACGGAUUUUUUCCGGCAUUAUAUGGGUACGCCGGCCGGGUUAACUCAUCACUCCCGGAAUAAUGUAUACUUAACCAGCUGCAGUCUUUGGGUUUAACAAAGACAUUUUAGUCUC